AUGGCGGAAGCUCAAGCCUUGCCUUAUAUCAUCAACCACGUCUUCCUCCCCCCAAAGUUACCUCAGGAAGACGAUAGCGGAGUCGACAAGGAUUCUGCACUGAUACUGGAAUGUGAGGCAGCUUUGAAAUCGUUUCAAGCUCACCUCCCAUCCCACGAGUGUCGAAGAUGGGCUGCUUGCACCAGGAUGCUGAGGAAGAUGCUCGAGCUGAGGGACCCAUCUGGAGACAUGAUACCUGGAAAAGUAGAAGCAACACUGGAAUCGAUGGCUGAUCAAGAUGUUCUCGCUGUUCAUAUUCGUGGUCAGAAUGCAGGCCUCGUGGUCCGAAAAUUGGGGGAGCAAUUUUCCUUCGAGUCCUUCGAACUGUCUCCAACGACCCAGGCUGUCAUGGCGACGAAAGGGCGGCUCAAGCGUUGUUUCCCCGGCCCAGCCAUCGCAAUAAGCCAGGAAAGGAUGGUGGAUUACUUCUUUCGCGAAGCGCUCGCCCAGUUGCUAACGCGUUUGGAUGUCGACACACCACAGGAAGCAUGGCCAGUGGUAUCAAAAGCACAGUCGCAGUCCAUCGAGGUUCGAGACACGGUUCAUCCAAAAUUCGUUAUAGAGAUGCUUACCGGUAUCCUCCGCGGUAUUGGACAGUCGUUUGACGUGCUUCGUAUUUACAAGCACACACGCGAUGAUGUCUUGUGGAAUAGGGCACUCAAACCUUGGCGUAGGUCCCCCCUCUGGCUGCUGCUUCGCGUUGCACUGCAGACCAGCCUUGCAACGCGCGAAGACGGUGAUCAUAUGUGGUACAAAUCAUUCAUGGUCUUUUUCAUGGCUCGCAUCCUGCAGCGGUCUUUGCAGGCUUCUCUGCCGAGCGAUCUGCUCUUUAUAAUGGCGGCAAAGAUUAGUCGCCGGACACUAAAACUCGCUCUGGGAGAUGAACCGUCAUGGAUGCAGGAUAUCCACAGCUCGAUUGAAGCUUCCCAUCGAGAACUGGCUACUAGAUGGAGCAGUAUAGAGCAGAAUCCGGAUCCUUUCAGGACACAAGAAGGCUGGAACUCCUCAGCAAUGUCUUUCUGUCAAGAUACUGGGUUGAGUCUUUUAAAGCUGCGUCCGUAUCUGCAGACUAUCGCAACCCGUAAGACAGCGCCAGGAGGCCAUGACAAUUUUACGUCUGGCUGCCGCCAACGCAUCAAGCAGUGCAGCUCAAGCUUUCCGGAACUCGACCACUUAGAGGUAGAGGUUGACACACGUCUAGGCCUCGCAGAUCUGGAACUGUGGGUGCAAGACUGCCUUGCCGGCUGGCUGGAUGUGAAUCUGGACUCCCAACAUGCCUGCACGCUUCUGGCUGAGUUGAUCGAAAAGUACACGAAAGUUGCGGGUUCUACUUAUGCAGGCAAUCCGGAAGCCCUCUCAUUAAUGUUACUUACUUCGAUGGAUCUUUGGGUCGCCCUAGAUAAGUGUGCUAUUCGUCAUUACCCCCUAUUGCGCAAAUAUAACCCAGAGUUUCCGCCAUCACUAUUCGAUCCAUUGUUGCUACCCAAGAGGCCUCAAAUGGAGCGGCUGAGCAGCGUGGAGCAGUAUCUGCGUCAGAGAAGGAAUCAGGCGACACCAGGAUUUCCCUCCAUCUUCCACGGUGUCAACACGACAACAAGUUUUGCUGUUCAAUACUUUGAACAGUCCCAUCGCCAUCAAGUGUUGCGCCAGAGAAUUGAGCUUGCAGCCCAGGCAGAACGGGAUCGCAAAAGGAGCGAAUUAGGGAAAAUGCGUCAGAAAUAUCAAGAGCUCAUGCGGGAUUCUAAUGCCAGGACUUGCGAUUAUGAGAGACAUUGGGAGCGACACCGUCAAGUGUCUCGACACAGCCCCAAUUGCCAAAAAUGCCAGUUGAAGUCGACUGCCAACAGUCUCCAGAUCACCGUUCACGAGUGGCCACUUCCACUGGGAGAAUUGGCGGUGAAGACAGCUGUGUUCGAGCUCGAAGUGCCAACGCCGAUAGCCAAAUGGCGAGAUGCAACGUACGGUCUCCUUGUCGAUAUUUUCUCACCAGCUCAACCCCGCUCCCAGCGAAGCAGCAAGGAGAAAGUAUACUGCAUGAAUGACUUUAAUGGCUUAAAGAAAUACUUCAAAUCUCAACCUGCAAGACUCCAGCUGGCAUCCACAGCGAAGCCGUUCAUUGUGGCGCAUUACGGCAGCAAGUCUGUGCCCCAGGCCACAGAAGAGAGUAUUUGUGUGAAUAAUGGUCUGGUUUAUUCGAUGUAUGAUUCGAAGUCGAGACAGUGGACGAAAGAUCUGCUUGGUCGAUGCGAUGUCCAGAGAAUUUGUACGUUCCAGCUCCCGCCUGGACCGUAUCGGAAGCUGCAGUUCGCACUAGAUGGGACAACACACACAUCUAAUGAAGUUCUUGCUAAGCAGUCUGAGUGUCCGAGGUCGCUAAAUCUUCAUGAGUUCUACGCUUUUGCAACUUUGCGAUCUGGGAAUCGGCUUCAAUGGCGCAAUAUGGCGCGUGAGCUUGUCCCUCGUGUCCUUACCUUUAGCUCUGAAGAGACGUACAUGUUGGUAGUUCAGGCGGCCUGGCAGGUUGGCCCGUCUGGAGGAGGGCAGCCUUGUCGAGAGUCGCACAUAGAUUUGGAAGAAGAAGAAUUCGGAAUGUCACUCCUAUUGGUGCUGGAGGAAGCCCUUGGGGCCGUCGAAGGGAAUUGGCAAGGCGCGGGAGCAGUUCGCACUUUCAUCGCUCUCGCAGCUCGACUGCUCUCCCUGUCCCCAUUUGGAAAGGUCCACAAUCGGUGCUUCCUCCUCCUGAGGCGAGCACGUGAAGUGACAUUGCGGUGGACUCGAGAAGUGGGUCGGCUCCUUCAUGGGAGUGAAGACGCAGAGGAAUCAAAGACCCUAAAUAUCCGAGUUCUCGAAAUGGCCUUGACUUGCCAUGGCACUUUCAAUGUCGAUCGAUGUCACGUCUCGGAAAUGUUGAGUUCAGUCGAGGACAUCGCAGCCAUUACCGAAUGCUCUAUCACUGUGCACGAUCGUUGCCCCGCCGUGACAGAAAACCUGCCACAAGCUGUAAAAACUCUGCUGCAAGGGUUCAUGAGGCUCUCUCAGCUCUUAGAACCAGCUCUCCGGGAAAGAAUUCUGACAGAUCGGCGAAGCAUCGAUCCCACGGUGCAUCAACUCUGGGCGGGAUAUCGUCCAGGGAGUCUUUGGACAGCCUUGAAAAGCCCAAGCCAAAGGUGGCUAGUGACUCGAACAACUAGUGAAGGAGGCUACUCUCCGGUAAGUGUACACUACAACACCUUGGAUGGAAGCCUGCUGGUCAAAGGCAUACCUCUCGCGAGGCUCCCUCGGCCUUAUGAGUUCCAUACAACCUACUGUCGACUUUUCGGCGAGAAAGUUCUAGAUGUCGUCCCAUCCACGAUGAGUGGAAUGGAUUUCGAGACGCGGAAUGAGCUUUGCGGUCAGCAGGUUCACUUUGCAAUGUACGGUUCAGAGCUCAUUAUCCGGACUCGAAGACAAGAGCAAGUCUGUGAGGUGCUUCCCUUGCACUCGUUGCAGGGUGAUUUCCCGCGGGCUCUCGUGCAAGACUACGCACAUUGGUUUGAAGUAAGCACCGGAUCGGUUGAGUGGCGCCCGUUGACGCGUAUGUGGAUACAUUCGCCAGACAAUUGGCAGAUGCGGGCUGAUAAUCACGGGAUGUUCGUUCUGAGCCACGGCACAAAAGCACUUGUAGACCUUCGCAGUCCCACGGCCAAAAGCAUCUCACGCGUCCUAAGCCCGCUGGAACAUGCAACCCAUAUCCAUAUAAUCCUGAACCACGAAACGGGAGCGCUAGAGGUACAGUUACCGCGAUUAAAGCUUGACUUUCAUCUAAAGGGUUGCGGAAGCUUGCUUGAGUCGAAGCAAUUCCGGGGAACGGUGGUGGACGAACGGCAGUCUUUUGGUACAUUGACGGGGCUGGUGAACAAGCUUGUUUUGCGUGAGAUUGAAAGGCCUUCUCGGUCCGUUAUUAUCCCACACGGCAAGGUCUCCUUCCUGCCAGAUGGCUAUCACGUCCGGGUUAUGAUUGAUACAGCUGCUGCCAUUCACGUCAAGUAUCACUCCUACUCCAUUGAUAGUCAACUCGGACGACUCGUCGACAACGGUAGCCUUCAGAGCAGACUCUUCCGGUUAUAUCUCCACGCAACAACGGCACACUGUCUGAUCGAUCAGCUCACUGGGAGGACAGGCACCGAGGAAGCGCUCGAUGGUCUCGCAGGCGCAGCCACUCGAUCUUUUGUCAAGCUCGAACCUGCGGAUGUUGAGCUUCUGGAAAUGCUUACGCGGUUAACUCCGCGGCGUCAGUACUACCCAGAUUAUCUGCGGGUGAUGCAGCAAGUGGAGUGGGAGAAGCUGUCUCCCCUCUCUCAGCAUUGCGCUUUCUAUCAACAAGUGAGAUCAGUCUUGAAUCAAGCCAAGUUGUUUCAUGUCUUCCAGGAACAACCCGCACAGCUGCUUAUUUCGGAUACAAGCGGCGAGCAAGACCUGCUUGAAAGGGCUGCUAUUCGCGAUUCUUCGUUCCAAGUGCAUGGCUUCGGUGCAGAGUCUUAUACGACGGACUACGACAUCGUCUACGCCUCCCGAGAUCAGGUCCUUGAUAGCACCCGAGAACUUCAAACUUGUCGCACUGCGAAGCUUGUCGAUGACUGGUCUACGAACCUCGUGGUCCACUCGCAAUUACUCUCCGAGGUAGAAUCGUGGGGUGAACCGAUCCGUGGCCCUGGAUAUGAAGAUGACUUAACAGUGGGCUUCGACCUCAAAUGGCUCGAUGCUCCAGCCGAAUUUCUUCCCGACCACUUGUGCACCCUCCAGCACAUAUUCUCCCGGAGCGUGGUUAAAUGGGACAAGUACAAGAUUAUGAUCUUGCUGUCAACUUUAUCGUACUCAAGACACGCAAAGCAGGAACUUGUUCAGACCCUCCUGGCCUUUGCGACCACCCCUAGACUUCGCGCUCUACAGCCACCUAGCUAUGCAGUGUUUCAGCUUUCGGAGGGCUACAGGCCAGUGCGAGAAACAUUAGUUAGCGUGGCAGAAGGACACGUCCGGCAAUUUUACGAAUGCCCUGAGUGCAACUUGCCAAGACUUCCUGAUGAGGAUUACUACCUGGCCGAUGAGCGCCGAAGGGAUCAACAUUGCAUAGCGAAGGAGGAGCAGAUCAGAAUGUUUGUGAAUGAUCUUAUAUUGCAGUGGCCUGAAGCCGAUAUCUCUACUCCUUCAGACGUCAAUCACAGCACAUACAUCUCGGUGGACGCGGCAACUAGAAGUGCGCGUACCUGCUUCCAGAGCUGGCACCGGAAUGCCCACUUCAAAGAAUACAUCGAGCAGGCACAAAUUACCCUGAGCGCGUUACCUACUUGGCAUAAAAACCUGGAGGGGUAUUCCUUUUCCUUGCCUUUUAAUGGGUACAUUUCUAGGCGAGCACAUGUUACUUUCGACGACCUCACAAGAAAUCCUGCUCCGGGUCUCCCUCCUGCCGAUAAAGGGGCCUUUGAUACAUGGAUUUUCUGUGACGACAAAGGAAAUGCCGAUCAUAGCAAACUCAAACAGCUACUGGCUCGUGUUUCUUCUCGAUGCUCCUCUGGCCAUGAAGAGCGAUACGCCGGAGAUCUGCUCAAGAGUUUUGAAGCGUUGGGUGAAGAGACAUCCGUGGAGCUGAAACCACCAGCGGGGUUAUCUAGGCGGUUGAGAUCAUAUUUGAAGCAAGCUCAGCGCCAUGUAGAUGACGUCUAUGGGACGAUUUGUAGCCAUUUGCAGACUGGCAGUUGGAAUACCGUCAGGGAGGCACGCAUGCUGCCACGCGUAUCCAAAACCUCGAUCCUCUCACACUUGGCAAGCGACAAGGUAGACGCUCUCCCACCACUCUGGAAAAUGUCAAUUGUACAGUACGGACUCGCAAUUACAACCCUUCAACGUGCAGAGCGUCUUCUUGCGUCUGCUGGUAACAUGGCUGAGCUCUUAGGCGAACUCAAGAAUCCUGGCCAUCGAGACUGGGAUCCGCUGGACUUCCCUCAAUGGCUCCUUCUGGAAAUCGAAAACAACAUCUUGAUACGUCAGGACCAAGCUCAGAUUUCGCGAGAAAUGAUGUCGCCAUCUUCGGGAUCGAAUUCUGUCAUGCAGCUAAAUAUGGGGUUGGGGAAGUCGUCUGUUAUCGUUCCCAUAGCUGCCGCAGCUCUCGCAGACAAGACACAGCUUGUUAGGAUUGUCGUUCUCAAACCCCUGGCAAUGCAGAUGUUCCAGUUAUUGAGGAAGAAGCUUGGUGGCCUGCUGAACCGGCGCGUCUUCUACAUGCCAAUCUCGCGGUCUCUGAACUUGGAUAUACCCCAAGCGCUUCAGAUCCGUGAUUUGCUCGAAGAGUGCAUGCGUGCCGGUGGCAUAAUUCUCGUACAGCCAGAACAUAUCCUCUCCUUCGAGCUGAUGGGUUUCGAACGACUCCUGUCUGGCAACUCAGAACUGGGCAACAUCUUGAUUCGGACACAAGAGUGGCUCCGAGAACAUUCGCGUGACAUCCUCGACGAGAGCGACGAGAUCCUAAGUGUGCGAUUCGAGCUGAUCUACACAAUGGGAAUGCAACGCGCUAUUGAGUUCAGUCCAGAUCGUUGGGCCAUCAUCCAGUACGUCCUAAGGCUCUUAGGCCGCUGUGCGCACCAGGUACUUGACUUGUUCCCCCAUGGCUUGGAAGUGAUCCUCGCACAGCCUGGGAGCUUCCCCAGAGUCCGAAUCCUCGAGGCCCGAGCCGGUGAUGUACUACUAAGAAUGGUGGCGCGUCAGGUAUGUGAUAAUGGCGUCCCUGGUCUGCCUGUAUGGAGCCUUCCCCGGAGCAUUCGAAGUGCUUUAUUCGAAUUUCUCAUCGACCCGACGUGGAGCGCAACUGCCACACAAUCGCUACAGAAAUUCGCAGCAGGUUCGGAGCCAGUGGAGAAAGGCCUCCUUCUUUUGAAGGGCCUAUUCGCUAUAGGGGUCCUCAAGUUUUGCCUGGCGCAAAAACGGUGGCGCGUCCACUAUGGUCUUGAUCCUUCGCGGACAAUGCUUGCAGUUCCAUAUCAUGCAAAGGAUAGUCCAGCACCACGAGCCGAGUUCAGUCACCCUGAUGCUACUAUUGUUCUGACUUGCCUAUCGUACUAUUACGGUGGUCUCUCAGACCAACAGAUACAUGCUAGUUUUGAAGCGCUACUACAGUCCGACCACGCCGCAGAAGAAUACGCAUAUUGGGUGCAAGAUGCUCCACAGCUUCCGAUGGCAUUUAGGCAAUUACCUGGGAUUAACCUCAGCAAUACGGGGCAGUGCUGCCGAGAAGUGUUUCCGCCAUUACGAUUCGCCAUAAGGGUCGUCAAUUUCUACAUGUCAAACAUUGUUUUCCCGACAGAGAUGAAGGAGUUUCCUCACAAGCUGUCGUCAUCCGGCUGGGACAUCGCGCGAGAAAAGGGACAUCCCACUACGGGCUUUAGCGGAACGAAUGACAGUAGAUAUAUCUUGCCAUUAUCCAUUAGCCAGUGUGAUCUACCGCCGCAGCUCUCGACAAACGCCGCAGUACUGGAUUGCCUACUAAGGCGUGAGAAUUCUGUCGUAGAUAUCUGUCAGGCUUCUGGCACAGGAGCUCUCGACGCCGAAGUGCUGGUAAGGAUGGCUUCGACAUUAGAUCCUCCGGUCCGCGUCAUCCUCGAUGUUGGGGCGCAGGUGCUAGAGCUCCAGAACGAGGAGAUGGCUCGUAUAUGGCUCUCAAGCGUGCCCGAUUCCGGAGCGCAGGCAGCAAUAUUCUUUAAUGUCCGUAACGAUAUUUGCGUCUUGAGCCGUGAUGGAACGUCGGAGCCGUUACAGGUAUCGCCCUUCUCAAAGCAACUGGACCAAUGCCUGGUUUACCUUGACGAAGCCCACACGAGAGGGACAGACCUCAGAAUGCCGGAGAACUAUCGAGCCAUCGUGACGCUGGGCCCUGGUCUUACCAAGGACCGACUCGUGCAAGCUUGUAUGCGGAUGCGAAAACUCGGGAAGGGGCAGUCUGUCGUAUUUUGCAGCUCGAUGGAGGUUCACCGGCAGAUCCUUGAAUCCAGUGGCAGAAGCCACGGCAUAAUUGAGGUAGCCGAUGUAUUGCAAUGGUGCAUCGCAGGCACCUGCUCCCACGCGAGGAAAAGCAUCGCGUUAUGGGCAACACAGGGGUUGCGACACCAGCGCCGCCAUGCAGCAUGCUCACUGCCAUUGGUAAACGCAGAGGGGCGGGUUUCGGGAUACCUAGCUAAAUACCUGCUUGAGAGAGAGGCGCAAAGUCUUCAAGAGAGAUACGGGAAUGGGGGGCCACAGCAUGAGGAGCAGAUCCUAUUGCAUAACGUGAUGGAGGAACCACUCAUGGGACGUAAGCAACAACUGGCGGACAUCCGAGUCAAGUGCCGAGAAUUUGAUAUUGCAUCGUUCAAUACGGCAGCUCUGCAUGAGGAACAGGAGCGAGAGCUCUCUCCAGAGAACGAACGGGAGCAGCAGGUUGAGCUCCCAGCAGCGUUAACACCUCGGAUACACUACGUCCAUCCUGAUGUCCGGCUCUUUAUUAGACAUGGUGUCUUUGAGCGGUCUUCGGACGCUUUUCGACCGGCUUUUGAUACUCUUCGCAACACCACUGCACUCAACUACUACGAAUCAACAUGGCCAGAAGAUUUAGUUGUCACAACAGACUUCGCCCAAACAGUUCAAGCUUCGGAUGAACAACUCCUAGAUUCUUAUUUAAGGCCGGUUCAUUGGAUGGUAAGCUGCAAAAGCGGAGAUACGAUCAAUUAUGUGGUGCUGAGCCCGCUCGAGGCUCACGAACUCCUGCCCUGUAUUCGCAAGCACCAGCACGUGAUCUUGCACGUGUAUUCCCCACGCCUCAAUGUUUCUGCGCGGACGUUGGAGGACCUCUCCUUUUGCGCUAUUCCGGCCAUCCCCGAAUCCUGGUCAGCCCCCCAUAUCGUUAGACAGCUCAAUCUAUUCGCCGGUCAGCUGUACAUUAGAAAUUAUGAUGAGUAUGUAUUACUGUGUGGCUUCUUGGGACUCUGCUCUGAACCCCCGGAUGAUCAUAUUAAGGUCGCACGAGAUGGGUUCAUCAGCCCACAGGACAGAGCCCUGUCGAACUCUGUCAUGCUCCGAGAGUGUCCAUUCACAACCAGCCCGGUAGCCUUUUUGAGGAUGAUCAUGGCCUUAAGGAGAAAAGGGCAGAGUUUUGUGAUGUCUCACUUUGGUAUGAUUCUCAAUGGCGAAUUGAUCGCGAGGGAGCAAUUUUAGGGUGACUCUCAUCGGAUGACCUUCCGUUGUGGCUUGUUUUUAUCCAUCCGGAACUCUUUGCUCAUCAC